AUGCCCGAAUCAACUAUCAUAAAAAAUGGCCACAAACAAGACGCAAAAUGCGCCAAACCAACCGAAACCUUCACCGGCGACGUCUUCCUAGACCCCAUCCACUUUGACAGCGAAGCAGCAAUUGCCAACGUCACAUUCACGCCCUGCGCCCGUACACACUGGCAUACCCAUGAAAAAGGCCAAAUGAUCAAAGUCGUUGCUGGUAAUGGCUGGGUUUGCGACAAGGGUGGUGUUCCUCAGAGACUGAAGACUGGGGAUGUUGUCUGGGCUUCGGCUGGAACUACGCAUUGGCAUGGGGCUGAUGAUGGUAGUAUUAUGACUCAUUUUGUUGUUGGGCUCGGAAAGACUGUGUGGCAUGAGGCUGUUACUGAUGAGGAGUAUGGGCAGAAGGAUAGCGUCUGA